AUGACGACCAGAUUCAAGAAGAACCGCAAGAAGCGCGGCCACGGUCGUAUUGAGAAGCGCCGCAAGCAUCCCGAAGGCCGCGGAAACACCGGAGGUAUGCACCACAUCAUCUUCGAUAAGUGCCAUCGUGGAUACUUCAGCAAGGUCGGUACGCGCUACUUCCACGAACUCCGCAACAAGUUCCAUUGCCCGACCGUCAACAUCGACCGCCUCUGGUCGCUGGUGCCGCAGAAGGUGAAGGACAAGGCGUCCAAAGAUAACGCAUCGCUCAUUGACGUCACACUAUUCGGCUACUUCAAGGUCCUAGGCAAGGGAUUGCUGUCGGAAGGCAAGCCGAUUGUGUUGAAGGUGAAAUUGAUGUCGAAGAACGCGGAGAAGAAGAUCAAGAAAUCUGGCGGCGCCGUCGUGCUCACUGCUUGA